GCUGCCUUAUCUCAUCUCUACUCUGGGCCCAGCUGCCUUUGGGAAUAACUGGGCCGGCCUGGCAUAUGAUCCCCAUCAACACAUCCCAGGAUCCCAUUCCAAAACAUUCACUGUCACUGAGCAGCAGCAAUGACUGGGAUUUUGGAGGAGCGGCCUUUCGGCUCGCAGUAUACCAACGUCUAUCUCUCGAUUUUUGUCCUUUUUUGCUUUAAACUUUUUGUCAAGAUCAGCUUAAACAUCCUGACCCACUUCUAUGUGGUUAAAGGAAACCGUAAGGAGGCAGCCCGGAUCGCAGCCGAGUUCUACGAUUUUGGCCAAGGGCACAGUUCAUGGGCUGAUCGUUCUCCACUCCAUGAAGCUGCGUGUCAGGGUCGGCUUUUGGCACUUAAGACUCUUCUCUCACAGGGUUACAGUGCAAAUAUCAUCACCAUUGAUCAUGUGACUCCACUGCAUGAAGCUUGCCUGGGAGAUCAUGUGGCUUGUGCCAGGGCUCUCAUAGAAGCCGGUGCCAAUGUAAAUGCCACAACCAUUGACGGCGUGACCCCGCUGUUUAACGCCUGCUCAGCAGGAAGUGUCACCUGCACAGAGGUGCUCUUGGAACACGGAGCAAAACCACAGGCAGAAGCUUGUCAGCCUUCACCCAUUCACGAGGCCUCCAGCAAAGGCCGGGCAGCAUGUAUAGAGUCUCUCAUCUCGUGGGGAGCAGAUGUAGAUUAUGACAUCCCUCAUCUAGGAACACCUCUCUACAUUGCCUGUGUCUCCCAGCAGCUCCAGUGUACACAGAAACUUCUGGACGGAGGAGCAAAUGUGCAGAAAGGCCGUUUCCUCGACACACCACUGCACGCUGCGGCACAGAAGGACUGUCCAGAAAUCAUCAGAUUGCUACUAGACUUUGGCGCUAACAUCAACGUUCGCAACCUGGAGCUGCAAAGGCCGGUGGAGACAGCACCACCCAGCAGUGCAGCAGAGGCUCUGCUUCUUCUUUAUGAGGCCACGCCGCGGUCUCUGUGCCAGCUGUGUAGACUGAGUAUCCGAAACUACAUGGGCCGAUCCAGACUGCAUCUGAUUCCUCACCUCAAACUGCCUACUCUGCUUAAGAGUUUCCUCCAGUACAGAUAGAUUCUCUACCUCAAUCCAAAAACCGCUCCCCUUUUAUUUUCUUAUUAAGUGCAUUAAUAUACAAAAAGGUGACCCUGUCUUGUUUGUGACCACCAGCGCACAAAAAAAUUCAUGCUAGCCAUUCAAUUUUCUGUUUUUUAAGAACUGAUAUAUUUUGUGCAACUAAUGAACAUCAGUUAUAUUUUUGUAAAUAAUAUCUUCACAAGAUUUUGUCAGUUUUAACCUGCACAUUCUUAUAUAUAUAUUAAAGGAGAAGUUAACUUCGAGAACAAAAGUCUUGGAUAAUUUAGUCACCCCUUGUCAUCCAAGAUGUUCAUGUCUUUCUUACUUCAGUCGUGAAGAAAUUAUGUUUUUUGAGGAAAACAUUUCAGGAUUUCUCUCCAUAUAGUGGUUUUCUAUGGUGCCCCUGAGUUUGAACUUCCAAAAUGCAGUUUAAAUGCAGCUUCAAAGGGUUCUAAAUGAUCCCAGAAAAGGAAGAAGGGUCGUAUCUAGCGAAAAAUUACAAUUUAUACACUUUUUAACUUCAAAGACUUGUCUUGUCUAGCACUGUGUGAAAAUGAGAUGGGAGUUUUUCGACCUACCCUAACUGUCUUGAACUAGAAUACACAGAGUACAUGCAGAGCUAGACAAGACGAGCAUUUGAGGUUAAAAAGUAUAUAAAUUGUAAUACAUUUUUUAGAAAAGGGAUCGUUUAGAGCCCUUUAAAGCUGCAUUUUGGAAGUUCAAACUCGCGGGCACCAUAGAAGUCCACUAUACGGAGAGAAAUCCUGAAAUGUUUUUCUCAAAAAAAAUACUUUCUUUACGACUGAAGACAGAACGACAUGAACAUCUCGGAUGACAAUGGGGUGACUAAAUUACCUGUAAAUUUUUGUUCUGGAAGUGAACUUCUACUUUAAGAUAAGCCGCAUGCCUAAUAUGAUACAUGAUUUAUCACAGAUGAAAUAUUUAAGUGCAUGUCAGUAUAGUGAAUUUUAUAUUUUUUAUCAAAGUAAUCUAAAAAAAAAAUCCCAAAAGCACAACUCGUCAGUUUUCACAAUAUCUAAUGCUAUCAGUAUUUUCACAGCUUUCAAAGUUGCAUCUUGAACUGUUUUGAAAACAAAACCACUAGGAACAUUCAAUCUAAAACAGUACUUUGGCUAAACAUUUUGUUGCCAAAACAAAGCAUGAUACAUAACUUGCAUACAAAUAAAGAAUAUGUAAAAUUU